AUGCCUCCGGGAAAGCCAAAGGACUGGGUGUGGGAUGAGUACAUUGUCCACCCUGACUACAAAACUUCCAAGCCACCUCCCGAGCACUCAGUCCAGGCAGGACAUGCAAAAGUGUUCUGUCAAGCGUGCCUCCGCGAGUGCACGCGCAUCCACAAGAAGGCUGACGAUCAGCUGAUUGAGGUGGGAUCUAUCCAACAGGGGCGAUCAGAUGCGGUCAUUCAGAACCUGCUCUGGAAUGCGGAGUACCAAAGUUCUGAUUGCGCAUGGAUCCAGGGAUGUACUGACACAAUGCGAAAUCAUCUAGCUCACUGCCAACAUCAGACCGAUCCCGUGAAGCAACGGGCAGCUGCUGCGAAAGCGGCUCUUCUGCGGAAGCGCAAGCACGAGCCGGAGCUGUACGACAAUUACAGCACCGGUGACCCCUACUACCCAGACGCAAACACUUCCAGAUCAUCUUCACAUCUGCAAGUCUAUGUUGUGGGUCCGUCUGGACCUGCCGGCCAGGCAUAUUUUGUCCCACCGCCGGAUUCAGCUCUCUUUGCAACUGCUGGCUCUCCGUCUGGACUGCCGGGCCCUUCACGGCUGCUAGAUACUACUUCACCAUUGUAUCCUGACUAUACUAGCCAACCUUCGCCAUUUUUUGGUCCGUCAUGUUCAGCAUCACCACCUACAGCCAGUUUUUUCGCAUCUGGAGCCUCGCUACCACCCUCUCGCUCAGCAUCUCCAUUCCCUCCUGCGAAGCAUCUGCGGGCCACUGACAUUCCGCCCUUACUUUCCCGAUCAUCCUCUCUUCCCAGCCGCCCACCCAGAUCACGCUCGGCAUCUGCGGCAGCAGCUGGGAGCCCUUUUGUAGAACGUCCUUGGACAGGUGCUCAGCAGUCUUUGUUUGAGCGCUGUCUAAUUCGCAUGACUGCGUCGUGUGGAUGGGCUCUCACAUGGGUGCAUAAUCCUGAGGUUCUUGUGUUCAUGGAAGAGCUCGUCCAUCUGGGAGCAAUCAUGCCAUCACGAGAUACUAUGACUCGCCGUAUUCUUCCUGAGACAUUGCAAGUCAUGCGAGCCGGGAACCUUGAACGCAUCCGGGAAGAGAAGGAUCCACUAGCUACCAUUCAGUUUGAUGGGUGGACCGCUCUCAACCACCAUCACUAUGACGCGUUCAUGGCAAAUAUCAGCAAGCUGAUUUAUUCGGUCAAGGUUUAUGACGUCUCCGCCCAUUGCAAGUCUGGAGAACGCCUCUUUGGACUUCUCAAAGAAGUUGCCGGCAUAGUCGAGAACCAGUGGAAGGUUGAGAUUGUGGCAACUUGCUCCGAUGCUGGGCCAGAUGCGAGCAAGGCUCGCAAGCUUUUUCUCAACUUUCGUAAGGACGUUAUCAGCAUUGAUUGUUAUGCGCAUCAGAUCAACCUUCUAGUCGGAACAUACUUCAAAAUUAGCUCUACAUGGUAUCACAAGUAUUCAAAGCUCGCAGAUGAGAUUAUUACAUGGAUACGGAGCAAGACCAUCAUGCAUUAUGCAUUGAAAGUAAAGCACGGUGCAAUGACAGGUACUGCAGGGCUUUCCGUGGUUCACGCAGUCAUCACACGGUGGACAGCUCAUUAUCUUGCAUAUCGGCGUCUUCUCGAGCUCCAUUUCGCCCUGCAAGCCCUUAUCAAAACUGAUCGCUCCCUUCCUGAGAACCAGCACUGCGUAAUCUUUGGAGAAGCCAGUGCGAAGCGCAAGGCCCUUUCCAUGAUUGUUGUGAUUGAAGAUCCAGACUUCUGGAAAGUGAUCCGAAGGAUCACAUCACAUCUGAGACCCCUUGCAAUUGCUGUGAACAUUGCCCAGGCAUCCCAUAUUUGCCUUGAUCAGAUCCUGCUUAUCUUUGCCCUCUUAUGGCUCCGAUACAACGAGCUUUUGUCUCAAGAUGAUGCAUCUGUGCAUCUCGAGAUGACAAAGGCCAUCGAGGCUCGCUGGUCCAAGGCCGAUCAAGACGUCUUCAUCACUGCGCUCAUCCUCAACCUGUUCUACAAGACACGUCCAUUCAAGGCCCUCAAUUGUCUCACCCCUGGUGGCAUCUAUGCAUUACUCUGCCGUCUCUGGCGGCGCUUCUUCCUGAACAACAGCGGCUCAACAGACUCGCAACCACCAAGAAGCUUGCUUCAAGAAGUCCAGCAGUAUCUGGAGGGUUCAGGUGACUUCGCGUGCUUGCGCGAAGUUGUUGCUAACCAGUGGUCUACUGCUUUGAAGAUGGGAACGUCUCCUGACCCACUGAGUGCCUGGAAGUCUUGCCAGCACCCACACUUACCUAUGCGACCACUUUAUAGGCUUGCCCGACGCAUCUUGUCGGUGUGUGCGAACUCAGCAUCGUGCGAGCGGCUCUUCAGCACCUUAGGAAAUAUUCUCACGAAGCUGCGCAACUGCAUGGGCAACAUGAUGCUUCUCUCACUCGCAGAGAUGAAGCUGCUCAUUCGCGAUGAGCAUCUCCGAGAUGGAAAGCUCAAAGAGCGCCUCAAGCACCACAUUGACACCGACCGACGCCUUGCCCAGAAGGCCGUAUCAAUGCCGUUGUCAGCACCAUCACUUCUCCCGAUCGCUCCGUCUCCCCUCUCCCAAGCUCCGCUUUCGCACCAGGUCUCACUUGAGCCUGCCAUGCUACCGACCACUCCGGUACCUUGCUCGGUAGCAGUCACCAGCGCUGCUCCCACCACCGCAGUUUCCCGUGCACUCCCCGGAGCCGCCCCCACCAAAAUGGUCGCAGAGGCUGCAGACGUUUCUGGAGAAGACAUGCCUCUGACUGUGCACGAGUCUACUGAUGAACUCAUUCACCUUGCGGCAGACAUGGCAUCCGAAGCUGCCGAGAAUGAGCUUGCGGCAGAGUACAGCAGGCUGUUUCCAACUGCAUACAAGAUCAAGCUCGAAGAUCUAAUCGAUUUUCAGGUAUCCUUCUGGUCUGAGGCAUGCGAGAGAGUUGGCGAUAGGGGUCUCAAUGACGAGAUGGAGCUGUGCGAGCUGUUAGAGUCGGUCAAUCCUGUGCCGAGCACAGCUGCUGGUGCUGGCCCACAUGGUCAGGGUGCAGACUUGUCCUCUCAACCCGAGCUCGAUGGAGGUGCCGAGAGCAUUCUUGUAUCUUAA